AUGAGUAGAACACUGUUCAACCUGCUAGCUCACACCAAGUUUUACUUUGAUAGGGUAAAAAUAAGUUUCAUUUUUUUUUCGAAUGUGCUACUCUUUAAUAUUAUUCCAUUAAAAAACAUCAAAAUAAAAAAUAUUUCAUUCAGAUAUGAUUUCUUUAAAAAAACAAUUGCCCUUUUCUUUAAAAAAAUAAUCACGCUUUUCUUUAAAAAAAAUAAAAUCAAAAUAACAAAAUGGAGAAAAAAGGAAAUUCUCGUUGAGUCUAUUAAUUUAUCACUUGACUGGGAAAAAUAUGAAACGCACAACUCGGAUUACAACAUAUAUGAAAGAUUGAUAAAAGGAUCAUUUAAAAAUAAACUUCUCCACUCUGUUUUUUUGAAACUUUUUUUUUUUUUUUGUAAAAUUAUUUUUAAAUAUUAUUGUUUGAAAGUUAACAAAGUGCAAAUAAAAAUAUCAUACAGCUAUGUGCAUAGACACGGAAAAUAUUGCCAAGAUAAUGAUGCAAAAUGUCAAACCAAAGGAAAGGCAAAUUAUUAUUUGUGUUUGCACGACAUUUCCCUCUUUCUGGAUUCUUGUACAGUGUCUGCAAAUGGGAAUGCAGAAAAUGUCCCAACAAGGGGAAAAAACUCCCCUUCGCCUGAACAUGUUCAAGCGAAAAGCGAAGACAGCUAUGGGGACAUCGCUAGACAAAACGAUACCGCUCGAAACAAUCGAGAUAAGGAUAGUCUUAAUCAUAGUCAUCUCCUAUGCAGCAAAAUAAUCCUAUGGAAAGAAAACAAAAAAGAAAAAUUAGUUAUUGUUAAAAAUUUUUUUUUUCUUGUUCAGAAAAAAAAGGUUAUUAUUCCGCUUUUUUACCUGAACGGCAACGUAUGCGAAUUGAAAGAAAUAUUCACCAAAUUGAAUGGGAGCAACAGGAAGGACAAUUUCCUGAAGGACUUGAUAAAAGUAGUGCAGAAGGAGCAUGCGAAAAACAUUUUUUCUAGUUUCCACCACAGCAAUGAAGAGAACAACAGUCAUUUCAUUUUUUCUGCUAAUUUUUUCUUUUACAUAAACACAAUUCUUGUUAAGGCACAUUUAGGAGAUAACACAGUAGUAAAAUGUACGGUGCGUAAUCUAUCGUUUGAGUCUAACGUUUGGGAAAAGGAUCGUAGAAGGAGAGGAAACUCAAAUGAGGGGAAAAGGAUAUGUUCACACAAUGAUAAGAUACAUCACUGGAACAAUUUUAAGUUUUCGUUAAAAUCCAUGCUGACCUGUUCAGAAAAAAAUGUAAUUUCCAUCAAUGCGUUAAAAAAUGAAGAAUUAGGUAAAUCCUUUUCCCUUCUGAAGAAAAUGAAAAAAUGUAUCAAACAAUACAAUCCAAACAAUGUGCAAGAUGUAUGUAAUAAUAGUUUUCUUUUUAAGAAAGAAACAAAUGAAAAUUGUAUCCUUGAAAAGAGGAAAAAGAAAUAUCUCUUUUUUCUGCAAAAGGUCUGUGUAAUUUCUGAUGUUACAGAAUUGAUGUCCAUUCAGGAGAGGUUAACAAAUUUGUUUGGAUUAGAAUGUGCUAAUAAAAAAUCCAUUGGUAUUAUUACUCUUUCUAAUGAUAUGUCUCAUCAGGACUAUAACUUCCUAAACGGUUUAUUCUUUGUGUGCAUUAAGGAUUUUUCUCUGUACGCAAAUAAAAGUAUAAAUAAAUUCCUUUUGCUGAAGUGUUUGCCAGUUAUAAAGUAUCCAGAAGAGGAAUUACGAUACGUCAAAUCGGGCCAUCUGUUGAAAGAAGAAAUACUCAAAGUGGAAAUUGAAGAAAUGAGAAAUUAUGAAGAUAUCCCAAUAGAUUUGGAAGUAAGCUGGAAGGAAGAAGAAGAAGAAGAAGAAGAAGAAGAAAAACGGAUAGGACCAAGUUCUCAAUUCGACACAACUUGUGUGGAAUGUCUUGAUAGGGAAAAAAUUAAAGUAGAGGAGGAAAGCUCCAAUUUUUACCUGAACAAGGUCAUGUUAAAAUCGGCAUAUUACCAAAACGAUGCUAUUCACGAAUACGCCUUAAGUGACAAAAUGGAUAUUAUUUUAAAGAGAGAAAAGAAGAAAGAACAACAGGAAAGAAUUACAACAAUUUAUGUGAAUAAGUCCACUUGGUAUUUGUCACCAGAACACAUUAACUACAUUUACAAUUUAUAUUCAAUAUACAACUCCAGCUUAGGACAAAAAAUGUAUCACUUCAGGAGUGGACUAUUCAGGAGUAGACUAUUCGGGAGGGGGAAAAAUAGAAUCAUUGAUCCUAUGAAUAAUACAAGUUCUUCUAACCAGUACAUAAACAUCAUAAAUAGAAACUGUCAGGUAAAUCUUUUUUGCAUUUCGUGUACCUUCGACACAUAUAAGAGUGUCUACCCGAACCUCCUUUAUGCAGAAGUGGGAACUGAAAAGAGGGAAUCCUUAGAUAUGCAGCACCAAACAAGUGUUAGUAUAACCUUCAAUUUGACAUACAUUCGAAAAAUUACAUCUAAAAGUAGGACUCAUUUUAAAGCAAAUAAAAUCUACUGCAACUACAUCUAUCUCAGAAAUGUGAGUAUUGAGUUAAAAGAACUUACAAAUCGCUUGAAACAUAUAUGCACUUUUAAAAAACAAAACAUUAAUAUGUGCAGAGGUCGUAAUAGACAAUCCAGUAGCACAUGUAAUAAUUAUGAUAUUAUUAUAAUAGUGAAAGGGAGAAAGGUGCACAUAAACAUGUGCAAUAUGGCAAAGGUUACAUUCUUGAAUUUAAUCAUAUACGAGUUGUAUGCGUCUCUGGGAAAUUUUCUGAAUCUGAACAGUGGAAAGGAGGAAUUAAAGAAUUGUGUUAAAAACAGCAAAAGGAAAGUGAGCACAGGAAGAAGAGGUAGAAGAAGCAUAUACCAUUUUGUUAAAAAAUCUUUUGAUAAGAAGGGAAUGAAUUCUGAUACUGCAACAAAUGCAAACACGUGUGCACAGCUGGAAUAUCAAAAUGAAGGACUUCCUAAUGGUGGUGAAACGUCAAAAGAGGAAAAAUGUAAUCAUCCUUGUGAGGCACAUAAAGUGAAAAAGGGUGUUUCAAAAUUUACAUCAUUGUACAAAAAUAAAUUUAGAAAUAAAAUAAAUUCUAUAUAUAGUAAGCCAAAUUUGAUGAAAUAUCAAAUUCAAAUUGACAUAAAAAGUAAAAUUUCAUUCGCAUUUUCUGAUAAUGCCUUAUCAUUGGACGAAUUAAAACAUGUCAAAAAUGAUGAAUUGAGAAAAAGUGAAUAUGUAAUGACUCUGAAUGGGGAACUUUCUCUUUUAUAUUUCGAUACACUUCAAAAGAAAAAUUUAAAAAUGUGUAAUUUUUUAAAAAUACAUUUGGACAUACAUCAAAUGAAAGUAAAAAAAAGAAUCAACAGGAAUAAAACUUUCCAUUUUUUUCGAUUUAAAAAGAAAAUUUCACAUAUAUGGACAAGACAGUCUGAAAAUGUAUUUCACAACUCGUUUAAUAGAAUAUUUCUUUCAAAAAAAAAUUCUCAUUUAUUAGCAGAUUCAGAUGAACGCUACCUUACACUUGUUACAACUGUGAAAAACAUCGAUUUUUUACAUCAAAUUUGUAGUCUGUCCUAUGAACAAGUUAAACAUUUGGAAAAUUUAUAUGACCAUAAAAAAAAGAUGAAAGGUUGUACGAUUGCUAAACUAUCACAAGAAGUAGAAAAAAUGAUCCAAAGUGUUAAGAAAUACAACACGAGAACGAACAUCCAUGGGAGGGGUAUAAACAUGAUUUACAAAACGAAUGACUUUUUUUUCUUUCUGAACAAGUAUCUCUUGACAGACGUGGGAUAUUUAUUUUCAAUAAAACACAUUUUUCAAGAAGGAAAAGACCGAUCCAGAAGUGAUAAUCCCUUUCUAUACUUCCGAGAAGAGGAGGUUGCAAAUCCGUUUUCCUUUCGAAAUAGUAUACUUCUGAGGAAUCAGAUGCAAGGUUGGUUCGAGAGAAAUGGAGAAAAGCUAGUUAACCAAAAAGAGGGAAAAAAACCAAGAGGCACAUAUUCGUCCAGCCCUGCACGAUACCCUCCUCUAAUUGCAGACAAAACGGUGAAAAAAGUAAAAAGUGUAAAAAGUGCAAAAAGUGCAAAAAAUGAAAGGAAUGGAAAAAAAAUCAAGCAGGAGGAGAGGGAAACCCAUUUGUACAAAGUCAAACGAAUUGAAAUGAAGAACGAUGUAAUAAGUUUACAUAAAUAUAAGAUCGUUUUAAAUCGAGUCGCUCUUUUCCUACCCAACGUGUCCAAUAACAGAAAUGUUAUAAUAGCACAAAAUGAUAUAUCUGUAAAAAACAAAAUUAUACUUGAAAAAAAAAAAAAAAAAAUCGCACUGUAUGAUAAAAUUUAUACUCAUUUUUUAAACACACGAUUGGAUUCUAUUGAAGGAAAAUUUGUAGGAAAAAAUGUAAAUCUGUUGAUAUCAUAUUGUAGAAACAUGUUGUAUAGAAGCAUAAACGGGAUCAAUAUUUCGAUAUACGCUUCUGGAGUUAUAUACCUCUCUCCAAUGACUUACAGAUUACUUCAAGACAUAUUUCUUGAGAAUUUGUUAAACAACAACUUGGAGUAUGCUUAUGGUAGAUACUACAGGAGUGAAAGUAGUUUAGAACAGUACAAUCCAAAUGAAUCUAACUCAAAUUUGAACAGUGGUAGAUGUGCAAAGGAUCUAGAUAUACGUUUGUAUCUGUUUCACCUGCAUGUGAAUCUCCAGAACUAUCACUUAAAUAGUAGAAUGAAUUAUCUAUUCAGCAAAUUCAUUUUUGUAAAAAUAGUCCGAUAUAUUGGUUUUGAUAAAAUUAUAACUUAUGUUAAAGGAAGUAUCCCACUCCUCUUGAACACCUACUAUGAAUAUCCAUAUGAUAUAUUAAUGUACCAUAAGAGAAUGGACCCCAAAAAGUACACCAAAUGGCUAUCUCGUAUGAAUCAUACUGAUGUAGAAAUAAACGACAUCACAUCAUUUAACUCAUUUGUAAAAAUGAAACUUGUUAAAUAUAGACACGUAAAAAAAAAGAGAACGAAAAAAAUAUUUCAAAUUCUGUAUAAGAGAUUUAAAACUGAUCACAUGGCAUGUGAAAUAACGAACGAUUUAUGCAUCAAAAUUGACAGAAUCUGCCUGAACACAGACAUGUUCGAAUUGUUCAAUUUAUACAUCUUCUACUUUGUGGAUGAUAAAAAUGUACACAUCAGUAAAAUUGAAAACGUUCUUCGCCAUAAGGUAAGCACAAAAUUGUGCACCAUAAGAGAUAUAGAUAGAGGAGCGCGAAUAUAUAACAUGACAUCAGCUGAAGUGUUAUCAGAUCAAGUGCAACAUCAGGAAGGAUACAAUACUAGUGAUUCAUGUCAGAAAGAUAAAAAAAAUCUUAACAUGAUAAAAGUAGAAAGCAUAAAAAAUGCACCGUUAGAUACAAAAAUUGACGCAAAUAUUUGUUCAUUAUACUGGAAAAUGAUGAAACAUGUAAAAAAAUAUGAUUUCAAUAAUUACAAUAGCAUAAUUAAAACUAACAAUGUGUACAAAACAUGUGUGAAGGUUAAGCACAUUAAUUUAGUGUUCAAUUUUUUGUUUUAUGAAAAUAUGUUAAGUGCAAAAAAAUUCCGAAUUUCAAAGAAAAUUAGUCAAGUACAAUGCAGAGAAAAAGAUCAAACCAAAGGGAAGAAAAAAAGAAAAAAAAAAAAAACAACAUACAAAUUACCAGAACAGAAAAAUAAUCGAUUCAGUUUAAUUUAUCGGGGAAGCAUGAACAUCCAAAUGCUAUUUAAUUUGAGAAAAAGUAUAUUCUUAAAUUUUGUAAAAAAUGCAAAAUUUUUAUUUUUUAACAAUUUUAUUGUGAACAAUUUCUUGCAAAAUCGCCUGAACAGGUCAGGUGAAUUAUCAAAAUUUGUAUUGCACAUAUUUGACAAUAUUAAUGAAAAAAUGAAUGAAUAUUUACAUUUUAAAUGUAGAAUAAAAAGGAAAAAUGCAUUACACUUAAUAACCAGAACGGGAUCCUAUUGCAUAAGUAGGAACCUCAAUUUCUGUCUACAUGUGAAGAAUGAAAAAGUCAUAUAUUUUAAACACAAUGUUAAAAAUUUUAAAUUCGACAAGAUACAUUUUAGAGAAAUAUUAUUGAACAGAUUAUUGAAAAAAAAUCACACCUCUAAAAUGAGUGACAUAAAUGUCUCUAAAGAAAAUGUUGCAUGUGAUAUUCAGUUAAUAGGUUACAACAAAAUGGACAUACGGAAACGUAAAUGUAUCAAUAAUGAAAUAUCAUGCAAAAUUGGGAAUGCCCAAAUGGGUGCCCAACUGAACGAUCGAAAUAUCAGCUUAAAGAAUGUACAAGGAUUGGAAAAAAAAGAAUCCAUAUGCACGAUCCCAAAGUAUAUAGAUGUAGAGAUAAGACAAGCCAAUUUUGUGCUUAAAUUAGACGAUUUUCUAUACCUUGUAAAUAAAAUACACGAAUUGUUGUACAUUAUGAACAGACAUGAAGAAAUGAAUGUGUGCUUCUACAGGAUUUGUGAAACGUUGUUAAAUGGAAAAAAGUAUGAAUGUAAAAUAAAAAGAAUGAAAAUAGAAAAUUAUUCCACAUUCAUUCUGCGAUUGAUUAGCACUAAUUUGAAUAUACAUUUAUUCGAGAAUGUGUAUUAUUCCAAAUUAAAUAGAUGCAAAAAGAAAAAAAUAUUGCAUGCACAUGUUCAGGGAAAUUAUGAAUAUGUAACAUGUAGUAAAAAAAAGGAUAUUAUUCUGAAAAGACAUGAAUCAAGCAUGUGCUUAGAGUUGUCUUUUUCGAAAAAUAACAUUUAUGAAGAGUUUGUAAAAGGUAUUCACAUCCACUUUAUAUACAUACGCACGAGAAAACAAAAUAAUAUAAUUCUCCUUUUUAAAAAUGAGCAUAUAAACAUUUUUCUUACCAAAAAUGCAUUUAGAAAUAUUAUACACUUGUGUAAUGAGAUAAACGAUUGGAGGAAUUAUCGAACAAGAGAAGUAGUGCACACUAAUCGAACACCCUCUGAACUCAACCGCAGGGGUUCAUUAGCAGAAAUGGGUUCAUUAAAAGAAAUGGGUUCAGUCAGCCAAAAUCAACAUAUGGAGAAAAGUUACGAGAAUUUCAUGCAGUCUCCUGUUAGAGGUAUAAAUGAUGGAAAAGACACAUCAAAGGGUGCUAAACAAACACAAUUAAAAAUAAUCAGAUGUGGUAGACUUAAUUAUGGAGAAGGGUUCAAUAAAAAAGAGGGAAAAGGAAAUAACCAAAAUGAUCGAUGUGGAAUGAAUGCAAAUGAGACAUCGAGACGGGUGAACACAAAUAGGAAAAAUCUCUACCUCUUUAGAAGCAAAUACUUCAACUUUAACCAUGACGAUUACACAGUUGUAAAUAAUAUUUGCGAUAGAAUAAUGACAUACCAAAGCAAUGAAAUAAUGAAUGCCAGAUUUGAUAAAACGAAUCUAGUACAUAUGCUAUAUAUGGAGAGAAUGAAGAAAUUUAUAUUUCCAUCGUUAACCUUUAAGUGGAGCAGAAAUGAGGAACUUGUAGUGUCACGAAAUAAUAACUUUUAUUUUGUGUACACAAAUAUGUGCAUCUAUAACAAUACAAAGUACGACAUGAUACUUUUGUUUAAUAAUUAUAAGAGGAUUUUAUUUUCCAGAAGAUACACAUACAUAAGUAGACAUAGAUGCAACCUUCAAAUGGAUACUUUUAUUUUGAUCCUUUAUUACAAAAAAAUGUUAUUAAUUUCGAACAAAUUGUCAUUUCAGAAUUUUAGUAAUGUUCGAGUAGUGGGAAAAGACCAAUUGAUUCAAUAUAUGAGAUGCAAAAAAUAUUUUGCAUCUUCGAUAGAUCGGAAUGAUGCUUAUGGUGGAGGUGACGGAGGUGAUCACAAGAACAGUGCUUCUUACCAUAGCGUAAUGAACAAAAUCGUUCCCUUUCAUAGAAUCCACGACAGGAACAAUUUUUUUUACGCAGAUGCAGCUAGCCAUUUUGCGAAUGUAAACCAUGAACCUAGUACAAUGAACCUCCUCCAUCAGGUUCAGAAAAACAAUAUGAACAAUAUAUAUAGCAUAUACAAUUGUAUAGAAAGAAAAUUCAUAACAAUGCUACUAAACGAUGAGUGCAACGAAUGCUGGAAUAUCAAUGAUAAUGAAUUAUACACCAAUUUGACAUUGAUUAGAAGUAAAAAUUCGAAUUAUGGAUGCUUCUAUUUGCAUAUAGACAAAAUGGUGAAUAUUACAAAUGCACUACCGAUAAGAGUAUGCUAUAAGAGUAGAAAUCGUUUGAGAAGUGUAAAUCCAUUUACGAGUAAAGAUAUAUUCCAUGACGAUGUAGAUUUGAAUGUAUCUUGUAACUCCUUAUGUGGCAUCAAAUUGAAUGUAACCCAUCAACUACAUAAUGGAUUUCCAAUUCAUGUGGAUCCAUUGUAUGCUAUGAAUUCCAAUUCUUCAACGUGGGUUCAAAAGGAAGAAAAAAACAUAACAAAGAUAGAAGUUUCAACAGAAUCAGGUUUGAGGAAAUCAGGUGUGCAGAGCAUUGGAAGAAGAAACGAAUCUUAUGUUGUACAAUACUACACAAAUGUCAUUAAAAGGAACAGCGAAAUUGUGAUAACUUGUCACACAUUAAUUUAUCUCUAUUCUUAUGAUUUGAAGAACGUAGAAAUAAAUAGAAAAAAAAUUCAUUUUGUGAAUCGGUUAAAAAAUACAACAAAGAAGAAGAAGAACAGCAACAACAGCAGCAGCAGCAGCAGCAACAACAACAACAACAACAACAACAACAACAACCCUUUGAAUGUGUACCCGUUGAAACGGAUGAAAUGUUUUCUUGGAUUAUACAAUGAACCUGUUACUAGUGUACAACUAGAAAAUGUCAAAAUAAGAAAUAUGACAAUUAAUAGUUAUAAAGAGACAAAUGUAUCUUAUUCAUACAAAGGAAGAGAAUAUACUUCAGGCUAUACAAUACAUUAUGUAAAAGAUUAUGAACAUGGAAGUCAUUCCACUCGGUUCAGUAAAAUUAGUUCUCUUUUGAUUAUAUACCCAACAUAUAUAAUCAUAAAUCAGACAAAUUUCAAUAUUCUGAUGUCCUCUUCUUUCACUCCUAACUCUUUGAUGUAUACAUUUCAGAGGAAUUCUCGUUCAGUAAUAAAUCUCAUGGAAAUUGAAAAAGAAAAUUUUUUUUUUAAAAUUAAAAAUGAAAAUAUAUCUCACGAUUAUGUCUUUUGGAGCGGAGCUAUAAAUAUAACAAGGGAAGGUUCUUAUAUUUUCUGCUUUUCCGUUUCUUCUCAAAAUAUUAUGUGUAGCAGAAAAAAAAAAAAUCCGGUUGUGUACCUCAAAAUAAGUGUAAUUCGUGGAAAUAAGCUCAGAGGAUACUACAGCAAUGGUUGUAAUAACAAUUGUGAUAACAAUAGUGGAAGUAAUAGUGGCAACAGUAGUGCAAACAGUAUUGGUAAGAACGCCCAUGUGUCGUUCAAAAAUUCUCUCUUUUUAAUAAUUUCUGAAUACAGAUGGGAGAAGAAGAAGAAAAAAAAAGUGGAGAAACAGUUUUCAAGUCAUAAGACACAGAAAUUGCUAUUCCAUUCUAUGGACAGCAAUGAAAACAACACAAUAAUGAAUAUUUACAAAUUUAUCGAAAAGGAACAGCAAAUAAAAAAAAUAUACAUUCAAAAUGACAUGGAUACAGAUAUCAUUUUCGAUAUUUUUCACUACAGCGAGAUUGUAAGUAUGAUUAAAAAGGGUCUGGUUCUAAAGCAUGGAAAAGAUACAGCCUUAAACGAGGGAGACAGAAAAGUGGAAGAUGCUGUAGAUAUCCAAAGUGGAAAAGAAAACGAGAAAAGGAGUAAUCAUCUGGAAAGAAGUAAUCAUCUGGAAAGAAGCAAUCAGCUGAAAAGAAGUAAUCAGUUGAAAUGGAAUAACCAGAGCAUAAAUCAAACAGAACACAAAGAAGUGGGCAGUAUUAACACGGCUGAAAAAAGGAAUAUCAGAGACAAGGAAAAUUUCUUCCGAAAUAUAUUUCAAAUUGAAAGUAGUGAUCACUCAAGCGAAGAAGAAGAUGUAAAAACAAAUGAAUAUGUAAAUUAUGACAAGAAUAAGCUGACAAAGGAAAAUAUAAAUUACAUAUCGAACAAUGUGAAUUAUUUGAAGCGAUUUUUAAAAUCUAACCUCAAAAUGCUUCGCCAUGUAAGGAAAAAAAGUGUUCAUUUUUUUCCGCUCAGAAAAAAUAAAAAUAUAAAAAAUUCAUUUUUCAUUGUCUAUCCCUACAAGCAAACAUCAGCAUAUCAAAUCGUCAAGUUUCCCAUGAAGAGAAAAAAACAAAUUCUGUCCUUUGUAAUAGAAAGAAAAAUGAAAGGUGAUCCAAUUUGGAUUCCAUGUGAAGAUCCAAAAGAAUCUCCACGUGCCUCUCCAAAUUAUGAUUCCCUGAACCCUGAGUGCAACAACUUUAUCAUAUUUCUUGAAACCUUUGUUACAAACAAGAAAGGGGGGAAAAAAAUUUUUCUGAAAAUUUCUCAAUAUGUUGAUAAUAUAAUUCACAUUAGAGGAAAAGUAAAUAUGAACACAUUUUUCACUUGUGCAAAAAGGCCAUCUAUCCAGAAUGCACCGAUACAUGAGAAUUUGACACGAAACAGAAAAAGAAGAGAUCAUCAUUUCCAACAUAAAAAAAAGAAAAAUUGUAAAAAACUUUUCCAAAAUAUGCACCCAUCGUCGCCUCAAGACUUACGAUGUAUUAGUCAGCAUAUAAAUUUGUUCAGAAAAUAUGCAACCGUUUUUAUCAAGUUAAAACGGAAAAGGUGUCGACAAGUAUACAAUUCCAAUUUUUUCUCCAAUUUAUCAUGGGACGAAAAAGGGUUCCCCCCAUUUGUUAGGAUCCCCAUGCUUCCAUGGAAUAAUAACCUGCACCAAGAGAAGAAAACAUACGACACAAAAAAAGAGAAACAACCAUAUCCAUAUAUAACAGCACAACUGAUGAGAAAGCAAAGGAAAGGUAAUAAAAGACCAAUUUUUGAAACUCCAAAUUGUAAACAGAAUGAGAAUCUCAAAUUGUUAAAAAAAGAGGAAAGACAAAAUAAUUCCCCAUCUUAUUGUCACUUUGAAAAUAAAAAUGUCAACUUGUUCGAGACUAGAAAGAGAUAUCAAUUUGUUUUUUAUGACCUAGGAAGGACAAAAGCUGAGGAUGGCAUGCACCUUUACUUCGACAUUGUAAAGGACAUCCAAAUUAACGUUUUUUCCACGGUUCUGAUAAGAGAUGAAGACAAGAAAAAACAAAUCAGGAAAGGUAAUUCAAAUUGGAAAAAUCGAAUAAUCUCGCCCCAUGUAGAAAAUGAAAAAAUCUCUUCAAACGGAAAAAUUGAACAAGACAAGAUAUUGGAAACAUCAAAUUAUGAGCAACAUGAUGAAACUGGUUUCGUUACUCCAGGAAAUUUUUUUAAAAAAAAGUACAAUUCUCAUCUAUUCAGUAUCAUUUUAAAUAAUGUAAAUAUGCUGCUAAGUUUGAAAAAAAACCAACAGAACGUUUUCCUGCUCUUCUUGGAAGACGCCACUAUAAUCGAUUUCUCCUCCUCUGAUCUAAAGAAAAUUUUUUGUAAAAAUGAGGCCAAAAAUGAGGCCAAAAAUGAGGCCAAAAAUGAGACCAAAAAUGAGACCAAAAAUGAGGCCAAAAAUGAGGCCAAAAAUGAGGCCAAAAAUGACAUACAUAAUGAAAACACAAGAAUGGUAGACACCAAUAAAAACUCCGAAUUAGAUAAUAUAAGUAACGGAAGUUGCUUAAUCCGUGCACACGUGGCUUACGAAAAUUGCCAUAAUGCAUUAGUGAUCAAAAAUUUUGAUUUGUUCAUUUCGCCUGUACAUGUUCAGAUAACUUUAGAUAUGGUCGAUAAUUUUGCAUAUUGUUAUGAAAUGUUCUGUAAGAGAAAAAAAUGGAGAAAAAGAAAACUCAAAGAGGAGGAUUCCUUCCUCUUUUAUUUUACUAAGACAUCUCAGAAAAGUGCAAUGAGGAUGCACAAGCUGAGUCAUAAAUGUCUUUUCCACUGUGGUAUCCCCAGUUUCAGUAGAGGUAGAAAUGUUCACCUGAACAAAGUCAGAAAUAAUCAUAAAGAUAUAUAUCAUUACAUUAUAGGAGGAGGAAAAAGGAAAAAACUAAAAAUAAAAAAUUUUAAAAUAUCUAACAUAAACAUAAAUUUGAUAUUUGUAAAGACAAAUCAGUACAACAUAUAUCAGUACAAACAUAAAGGACCUUGCAAAUUAACUGUUCGACUCUCCUACCUGAAUAACUUAAAUAACGCAGACAUUUCCAUCAGCUCUUUGUACAUAAAGAAAGUGAAAGAAAAGGACGCACAGAACUUUAUAAAUUAUCUUUUCGAUUUUUAUAUGAAGGAAUUGUACAAAGGUUUAUUCUUUUAUUUAACGAAAAUGAAUUUAUUGAACAAGUAUAUAAGUAAUUACUACAAUUUUUUUCACAACCUUAUGGAUAAUUCCAUUUUUAACGUUGAUAUUUACACUGGGUUUAGAACCAUACAGGGAGCUACUGGCUUUGCAGAUUUUACUGGGCUUAGCGGAUUCAGUGGGCUGAGUGGACUUAGUGGGUUUAGUGGGCUGAGCGGACUUAGUGCGUUUAGUGGGCUGAGCGGGCUUAGUGGGUUUAGAGAACCAAAUGGAACGGGCGAGAUCAGUUUGUGUACUCAGGUGAGAGGCACAACCGAGCUAGCCAUUUCAAACCAGCAGUGUUCUCAAAAUCACAUGAACAGUCAGGUAAAAUGUAGAACGAAGGAAAGAAAAAAUAGUGGUGGUAUUAGAAAACAAAAAAGCCUGACCAGGUCAGGUUAUACAAGGGGGGGUAUGCAAGAUGAAGUGUAUUACCAAGAGAUUGAUAAUAGGAACAUAGAGAGUGACUCUAAUUUUUAUAUAAAAUCAAAGAAAAAUAAAAUUAUGGAAAAUAUAAACAAAGACUUAUUUUACAUGGUCAAUAAUAAAAAAACUUACGUCUUUGAAGAAUUUACCGAAAGUGCCAACAUUCUUGCCAGCCCUUCUAUUCAUGAAAGUGAACAAUCUGAACGUUCAGAUAAAAUAUCCAAUUCAAACAACUUUAGUGUUUUAAACAAUACCUUGAAAACCUUUGGUAAAGACCUUAUGUCAAGUAUUAAUUAUUACCUGUACGAUGCUAGCGAUAAUAAUACCUCAGGCGUCCAAAUGCCUCCACAAAUUGAUAAAAAUUAUCUCCAUAAUGAUAAAGCUACUUUUAAAAAGGAAAAGAUACACAUUUUGAAAUAUUUUUCGGAAAGAACAAUGUAUCAACCUGCAGGGAGUCAUGCCAAUGUUAAGUCCAACUUGGAGGAAUUCCCCGUGUAUUUGUCCAUUUACAAAAGAAACAAAAUUAUACACGAUAAGUAUGUCUUUGGAAUAUGCACUCCAAUGGAUCGGGUCCUCAUACACGACCUGGUUGUUCUGAACUACCUGCACGACAAGGAGGAAAAUUAUUUGCUACUAUUCUGUGAUGAUUAUUUUGUGAAAUUGAACCGAAACUGCCAAACUGUUGUACGAAAAGAAAAUAUAAUGAAGGUGGAAAUAAACUGUAGUCACUUCAACUUAACAUUUGACAAGGAGAAAAGUUUAAUUAUAAAUUUACUCAUUAUCAUUAAAAAAAACAAGAACAAUUUUUUAUGCUACUAUUUUGAUAUCCUUUUUAAGGGGAAAAAAAAAAGACUAGUUCAUAAAAUUAAAAAAAAUUUAUUUAAAAUUUUAUAUUUCCUAUACUAUAUAUUUCAUUUCAUUUAUAAUUACAAUAUGAGAAUAAGAAAACUGGAAAAAACAAAUCCUCCUCCCCCCAGUACCAAAGGCUUAAACCCGUUUGUAACUAUUUUCGAAGGCCAUAGGAAGUUGUCCCUUUCCUUUUCUUCCCAUAUGCAUUUGACUCUUUUUUACCUGAACACGCGCAGGUUUUUGUUUGACAUGUGUCAGCACAGCGCCGAGGGAGAAGUGUGA